AUGGCUCUCCUGAUGAGGCCGACCAGCCCAUUCCUCACCAGACUUUGUGCGGGGCUGGUGACGUCGGCCAGCGCCGUUUGCACCGCCCACUGGCUCCUGUACCCUGCGGACCCGUUUUGCGUGCUGAGCCUUGGCCUGGGCGCCUUCGUCUACGUCGCAGUGGUAGGCACCUCGCACAGCGUUGCCUGGUACGGCCUCUUUGCCCCUACGGUGAUGUUCGGUCUGCUGGUCUUUCCAAGACUGCCAGCUUGGUACGCAGCAUCGCUAGACCCGCCACCGAAGGUAGACCACCGUCGGCGUCCGUUUCUCAGCACAGAGUGGCAUUUGGCCUACGCGGACGUGCGGGAGGUGCUGAGGCAGUUGCUGCGACCAAUGGGCGCGCAACCAUCCUCCUCCCCGAAGGGUGGAGGAGGCCAUGGUAAUGCUGGGGUCGUCCGGCACUGUGCAAAUGAUGGGUCGCCCAAGUGGCAUGCGUCAGCGUCCGAGAAAGAGGUGCGGCCGGCCCGGAGAUGCUUGCCGCUCGCGUGGACCGGAGCCGGAGAGGCUUCGGAUGAGGAAGAGGCUGACGCUCCAGCCCCGGUCAGGUCGAAGACACUCUCCGCAGAGGCCUGGGAGGCCCGACCUUUCUCGCGGGACUCGACAGCUUCGACGCUGAGCACAGGAAAAUACAGGGACGAAUUCGGCGCCUGGCGCCCGCAGACUUGUUCUUCGCGGCCAAGUCUCCCGUCCACUGCCUCAGCAUCGAGCUCUGCCAGGAGGCCAUCAAGAAGCACAUGUUCUCGAAGUGAUUCCUUCCGGAGCUCAGCGACCCAUUCAUCUCACAAGCGACAGGAGGCGUCACGGUCCUUGGACCCGGACUGCUCCCAGUCCGGAGCGCACAGCCGUGAAUUGGCCCUGAAUGACGUGAAGCUCGAAGAUGCGCGGCAGAGAGCUUCAAAGUCUUUAGAAGCUUUACAGGCAAAGCUCCGAGCAUCCCGGAUGCCAGAGAUUCCUCGACAAGCAGAGGUUCUGGCUGCUGUGGCCGAGGACCAACCGGGGCAGAUCCAGGAACCGCUGGAGUCGGUAGUUAGAAUCCGACCUGCAUGGUCUGAAAGACAGAGAGGUGCCUACGCCGAGAGAGACGAGGGAACGGCUUCAACAGCUCUGCGGACAGCAGGUGCUGGAUACGAGCGCAUGCCUGCACCACAGGCUCCCUUGCGGCUGGCCGAAGCUUCUCAGGCUCGAGAAGUCGACCGGCAUGCGCGGCGAGCUUUAAGGCCGGAGCCGUCCACUUUGGGCCAGAGGUACUUUGAUCCUGCUGACGGCGUUUGA